GUUGCAACAGCGAUGUGGCGCUGACGUCUGCGGGAAAACGCGCACGUCCAAAAACGUUGUCUAGACUAAAGCAGUCAGUCGUUUUUUUCUGUUGGUGCGUUUUGUUCAGCUGACUAAAACGACCGGCCUGCUGAAGCGUGAUCCACUUUCGUGACCCACCGUAAAUUAAAAUUGCGUUGUUUUUUUUUUUUGCUGGUUAUUGUGGACGUUAUUGCUUCCGUAAGAAAACUGCUACCAUAUCCUUUAGCGUCUUCUCUUCGGAUAAACAGCUGGUCACUUCGUCUCAAAACAAAAGUUAAAGGCAUGGUGAACAGCCAGGCGGCGGGUGGCGGGUGCCCGUCGCGGGCCUGCGCCGGCUGCGGCGGGCGCAUCUCGGACCGCUUCCUGCUCUUCUCCAUGGAACGCUACUGGCACACGCGCUGCCUCAAGUGCUCGUGUUGCCAGGCGCAGCUGGGCGAGAUCGGCACCACCUGCUACAGCAAAGCGGGCAUGAUCCUCUGCAGGAACGACUACAUCAGGUUGUUUGGGCAUACAGGAGCAUGCAACGCAUGUGGUCAGUCCAUUCCUGCCAGUGAGAUGGUGAUGAAAGCUCAGGGCAACGUCUACCACCUCAAGUGUUUCUCCUGCGCGACGUGCAGACACCGGCUGGUCCCUGGUGACCGCUUCCACUACAUCAACGGCACCAUCUUCUGUGAACACGACCGGCCAGGAGGCACUCCGAUCGGCUCCCAUUUGCAGGGCAACCCUGUGCUGCCUGACCAAAAAGUUUGUUGAAAUCCUCCUCUCCUCUGCUCCCGACGGCCCUCCUGAGGAGCUCCUCACCAGCUGUCCUACACUUCCUCUGAUGCACUUGUACUCACAGGCCAAAAGGUCGCUCCAGCCUUCCUGGAUGGCCCCUCCACAGAAACCAUCCCUUCCUUCCGCUCCGAACAGCGACCGAGCGCUCCAGCUUCCGGGAAUGCUCCCAUGAGAUGCAAUAUUCCCGAGGAUAUGCAAGACUCUCUUUGGCUCGAAGUUGAAUCUGACUUUUUUUUUCUUUUUUUUUCCCCCCUUUUUUUGCCACUUGCACAAAACUGAACCAUCCGUCAGAGUCCCUCCUGCUAUUCUGCAGGGUGGCAUGUUCGAUGUGGCUUUCCUUACACAGUACUGCAGAGCUUGUCCUCUGUCUGCACGUCAGCGUGUGCGGGUUUUGUAGCCAGUGUAAAUGCAGCAUGUUCCCACCCUUUUGGACGUUGCUCAGGGUGUGGAGAUGUAAAUACUUAUUUAAAUCUUUUAUAUAUAUACACUCAUAUAUAACGUUGCGCUGUUAUGGUUGUCAUAUGGUCAAUACAACACUUAUUUAAGAUGUAAAAAUAUACAAUAAAUUCAGUUCAGAAUA